GCAGGAAGCGUCCCCGGGAGCUGAACCGCCCGUCCCGCGGGGCCGUCGGAGCGGGGACAGCGCUGCCCCCGGCCCGACGCUCCCCGGGAUCAGCGGGAGUUGUGGGAACGGGAGAGGGGCCGAGGGGAGCAGGGUGUCCCCCUCGUUCUCGCACUGGGUCUGCGGAUGUCCCGCGGGGGCCGGGCCGGCGGCUCUGUGGGAACUCACCGGAGCGUCGCCGCUGGAGCCUCUCGGCGGUGACGGCGCUCGAAGCCCCGCGUCUCCUUCUGCCGCUGCCCCAGCUGCGCUCCGGAGAGUUGGCGCUCACCAGGGAAGCAAUGUUCUAAGAAUGUCAUCACACAUCCAAAUAAAACCAAAGACUGCAGCACAGAAAAGCAAGACAUCCUCUCCUUUACCAUGUUCUCCAGAACCUGCAACUAAACCACAGACAAAGCCUAGUGACAAGCUGAAUCCUAAAACUAUCGAUCCGUUUGGUGCUUAUUCUCGACCAACAUCUGCAUUUGCUGCUACAUAUGCUAAAGGAGGCAUUCCGUGCAGGUUAGUGCAUGGAUCAGUAAAGCACAAACUGCAAUGGGAAUGCCUUCCUGAAACUGUUCCCUUUGAUCCUCUCCUUAUAACACUGGCAGAGGGACUAAGAGAGACAAAACAUCCCUAUACAUUUGUUUCAAAGGAGGGCUUUAGAGAAUUACUUCUGGUUGAAGGUGCUACUGAAAAAGCAAUUCCCUUGUUACCUCGUCUGGUUCCAGUCUUAAAGGCUACACUGGCCCAUGCGGAUGAUGAAGUAUUUGGAAGGGGAUUGGAUGCUUUAGUUCAGCUGAGUGCUGUUGUUGGCCCAUCUCUUAAUGAUCAUCUUAAACAUCUACUCACAAAUCUGUCAAGGAGAUUAAUGGACAAGAAAUUUAGAGAAAGAGUUACAGUUACUUUACAAAAGUUGGAGCAAUAUGGUGGAAAGCCAACUGUGGCUAUCAUCAAAUCGAAAAUUCCAACCUAUUGUUCUAUCUCCCCUUGAACAAGAAAUCUAUAGUGAUUUGUACUGUAAGGUGAAGUUUGGAAAGAAGCUGCCUGUGUACAUCACUGACACUUAUUUGGGGUAUGAUAUAUUCUCUUAAAAUAAUCACAAUUCUUCACUAUGAUGGAGAAUGGGAGUCUUAUCAGUUUGAGAAUAUGUAAUUACAGAAGACUUCUCUAUAUUUGCGUAUGCAUUGUGCUUAUGAUGACAUUGAUUAACCUGGUGUUAUUUCAAAAGCAGAGUAAAUAUUGAUUCUUAUUUUGUUGUAAACUACAAUUUCAUUUAAUAUAUCUGCAGUGCUUAAUAUGUUUUGUAUAUUUGAUGCAAAAUAAUUUGGCAGUAAUUACUUAAAUAGUAAGUAACUUGGUGUUAAAUGACAUAUUUAUACCUGCUUUUGAAACAUAUGACUUAUUUUGUGACAGGCACAGAUGGACGCAUUUAGGUUCAUCAGGACUAGGUUAGACAUAGAACUGUGAGCACUCAUAGACUUCUUCAGAGUCAGCUUUUCAAGGUGUGAAGCUGAAAACAGCAAACAAGGAGCAUAUGGUGCAAAGCUGAACUUGCUCAGUGCAUUCUCAGCACAUUGUUUUGAAAUGCUGGGAAGGCUCGGAGAAUACAGUGCAAAGGUAUCAGGUUGCUCCCCAGAUCCACAGCCUAGGGUUUGCUCAGCUAAUUAGUUCCAGUUGGCUUUGGGCCUGCUGAACGGGAGCUGGAUGUAGGAGGCAACUUUGGAGUAUUUACACCAUGCUCCCUUUGCACUGAGUUCAGGAACGUCACAGAUAUGCCUGGGACUAGCUUGUGAAUUCCAGUCUAGACAAGUUAAUAAACUUCUGAACAUGGAAGCUAUAAAAAAAUAGGAGUUAAAAACAACAAAAGCAUUUUAGACACCAGCUUACCUCUCUGUCAAGCCUUGUAGGUUGCAGCAUUUGCUCAUGAUUGUAUUUGAACUUGACUGCAAAAUAAUUCCGUAAUGUUGGAAGAGAGGGGUAUUUUUGUCAUCAGAAGAUACUGAUGUGUAGAGUAUUAAAAAAGUCUGUCAUGUGAAGGCAGUUUCAGCUUUGUUUUGAAACUUACUACUGCUUGACUAAAUUAAAUUUACCUCAGGACUGUGGUAUGAUUGCUGCUGAGAUAAGAACUGUGCUAAGUCAAGAUAAAUGUAUUAAGGCUUUUUUUUUUAUUAAUUGUAUUUCUUCAGUUAACAAUUUUGUCAACAAGUAUUUAACAACUGAAAAAAAUUGAUCAUGGUCCUUUUUUUUCUUCAUGUUUACUUUAUUUUAUUUUUUUUUUACAAAAUGUGCACAUUUAGUUUACACAAACACGCUACAGCAGAUUUCAGGUGUACAUGUAUUGUACUACUCUUAUCCUACACUGGUGAUAGCAGAGCAGCCUUCAACAUGCCUCUAACAUCCCACCUCUACACCAGAAUAGAUACCUGAUUUAUUUUUACAAAAGAAUGCUUGCAACAUUCUUUCUACUUCAUUAAUUCACAUUUUCUGCAGCAAUGUCACAAUGAAGGUUGGCCUAUCUUGAUAGCAUUUCACCUAUUUUAAAAUAUUGUCAUAAACUCUGUGGACAAUAUAUCUUAAAAAUUACAUGGAUGGAGGGGCAUUGUUAAAUAUUAGGUGCAUACUUUUUUAGAAAAAUCUUUCUAGGUUCAGAAUAAAUAGCUCCAAUCUUAAUGAAGAAAUGAUCCUAAAAAAAUGUAAAGCAUUUAUCACAUAUAGAUGAUAUAUAGCUGAAGUUUCCAUUUUUUCCUGAUUCUGUCUCAUAGUUACAGAUAUUACAAAAAGCUGAAAUAGAUGUUAGCCUGACUAGCAGUCAUUAUUAAUAGAUGUUACUACACAGGGAUAUUCAUUCUCAGCACUGAAGUGGAAUGGAAGUUUCAAAGGAAUUUCAUGCCUUUUUAUUUAUUAAAGGCAAAAAGACACAUACUUAUGAAGACAGUGUUAGGAUCCAGUUAAGCUUUCUUCAUGACAAAUUAGGAGUUAGAAGAUCCUUAAUUUUAAUCUAAGAACUUUGCAGACAUAUCCAAGAAGAAUUAGAAAUACAGUAUGUAGGAUGCCUGGUAUUCCUGUUGUGAUAGAUUUACUAGGUAAGUGUGAUUGAUAGAAGCUUACUCAUAUUUUUUAUGGAAUAAAUGUACCUAUAAGCAGUUUGGGUUUUUGUUCUAUAACAGUUCUUCGUCUAGGUUAUCAAUUUUGUUAGUUUUGGGGUUUUUUUCUUUGGAAGAGAAAAGCAAGUCAAAGGUGGAAGGCAAUUGCAGCAAGAUGUGCAUUGCACACUGAUUAUAGCAUUAGCUCUAAGUGUUAUUCAAAAAUGAGGACUACACCAUAGAAAUGGGAAAAGAAAAUACAUGGUAAUGCCUCUGUAUAAAUUAGAAGCUAAGAUUUGAGAAAUACACUUGAAUACCUGGAGUUUAAUCCAGUAAAAAUGAGUAGCAAAACUAAGAGUAUAUUUUUAAUCUCCUUGUGAUUUUAUCUGUUUUAACUAGGGUUUGGAAUGAUAAUAAAGCUGCAUACUGUCAGUUUGUUUGAAUUUGGAGUAAAAACAUGGUUUUUCAGUACAAUCUUUUUAACUAAGUAGCCACUGUUGAAGAGCUAAAUUUUAUAAUUUCGAAAGAAUUUUUUGUUGGGAAGAGUUUAUAAUAAAAAAAUUUACUUGCAUAAUCCAUGUCUCAGUGUAAAGCUGAGUAACUUUAUUUAUGAUAAAGUGGGAAAUCCAUCUUUUAGAUAAUGUUGCCGAAUAGCUCAUAUUUGUCCAUUAGUUGUAGACCUAAUGUCUUCAUUAAAUCACAUUUUCAAAGAGCUGCAUGGAUCGCAUUAUAUUUUCAUCCUGUAAAAAAAUACAAUACAAAACCAAAAAUCAUACACCAUUACAAAUGUAGCUGGCCAAUAUCUAUAGUGCCAUGAUGUAGAACUAACUGUAUUUUAGUUAAUUACAACAUUUUCUUUCAGCUUGUUUAGAGAAAUUGUUAUCAGAAAAAGGCUGUUAAUGGAUCUAUGCUUAAAUAGGUUUUUGUAUAUAUUAAUGAGACCAAAACUACCCUCUCAAGGAUACAAUAGCAUAUUAAGAAAAUUAAGUCUGCAGUAGUUCAGAGGCUAUCAGUUUAUACCCACUAUAAAAUAGUACAUUUAGACAAUUGAACUCAUGGAAUAGUUGUAUCUGAAGUGCAACUCCACACAUGGAAUUGCUACUUCUGUGUAUUGUACAGAGGAGCCUUUAUGCAAUAUUAGGGCAUCCUGCUACAUAGCUAGGGAUGACUCUAACAUAAAAUCGAUUGAAGUGUGCAUCUUUGCAUGAACUGAAGAGUCAAUCAGUUUGACAAGUAUCACAACACUCUUCAGCUCCUCAGUUCAGAUUUUCUGUGUGCUCACACUGAAAGAUGGUCACUGCUUUCCAAUGCUACUUCUGUUUUCUGAUUGCUUUUGCAUUAGGUAAUGUUUUAAGAAAAUCUUCAGCUCCCAAGUUUUGCAUAAUGCUUAGUGAUGCAUCCCUCUGUACUCCAGUUUUUAUCAGUAAAUAACUCUCAACACAGCACUCAGAAAACAGUAUUUUUCUUUGUAAGCUUUACAUUUCAGUGUAUAGAAGAAAGAGUUUACUUGCAGUAGCCCAUAUUUAUUGGCAUUUCUGGAUCAACAGUUGCUUGCACAAAACAAUAUAUGUACACAAUACACAAGUUUAUUACAUGCUCAUUUAGCAUUUGCUGGUCUUCACUGUAAUCAGCCUAUAUUUUAAUCUGAAUGCACACUCUUUAGCACUUUCUUGAGAGAUAAUUUAGACAUCUUCAAUUCAAGUGAAUAAAAAGACUGAAUUUGAUAAAUUAUUUUUCUAAGUUUCUUGAAAGAUGCCUAAAAGACCCCAUUUCUUAGAGGUUAUCUCAUAGUAUUCUCCACUACUGAUAGGGAUGUGAUACUUCUGUACAUAAAUCUUCCCAUAAUACGUGUUCAGUAUCAAUUUCCAGUUAAAUUAUUCACUGUUCAGUCUAGUGGGUGAUUUGCUUUGUAAAAAUGACUGGUUUGAGUAAUUUGCUUAAUUUAUGUUAUGAAACAUGCACAGUGGGGUUUUUCAUCUUUGAUUCCAUAUGCCAUCUCAAGUGAUGUUGCUGUAAGAAAUGAUCUGUGCACUAUUUUGUACUGAUAAAAUAACUUAUGGAAGCAAUUAUAUGUAAUUUCAAAAAAUAUGUAGAUUAAUGCUUAAAAAUUUGUGUAGUAAAAUUACUAUAUUAAAUUACUGAAAGUUAAAAUAAACUUUUUUCCCUCUGCAUUGCUUUAAAAUAUCAAUAAACUAGACAAGAUCACUGA